AUGCCUCUGGAUGUCACUCCUUGGUGGAAGACAGACGCCGCCGCGCUGCUCGGGGUAUAUCAAGCAGCCCACGCUCGAGAAAUGCACACAGCCGAGAGCGUGCUGCCGCGGCCAAAAGCGCAAUAUACAAGGAUACAGGCUCCUCCCGAACGAAACGAAGCAGCAAAACUGGCCGUGAGAGAUGAAAACGCUCGAGAAGCCGAAGAGGUUGAAGUUUCGACUUUUUGCUGCGAUGCGAAAAGCGAAGAAAAGAAAGCAAAAGCUGAAGCCGCGAAGGGACUAAGUGGGUGGAAGUAG